ACCUUGAAUCAGGGAAGCAGCCACCAUGUGGACCCGUUUACUCCCUAUCCGAAGUCGAACUGAAGGUGCUUCGGGAGUACCUGGAUAAAAUGUUGCGAUUGGGAAAGAUUAGGCCGAGCAAAUCCCCGGCAGGAGCCCCAAUCCUAUAUGUGAAGAAGAAGGACGGUAGUCUGCGACUUUGCGUUGACUACCGUGGACUUAACCGAGUGUCCAUCAAGAAUAGGUAUCCUUUACCGCUUAUGGACGAGCUGCGAGAUCGAGUAGCAGGCGCGGUUAUCUUCUCGAAGAUUGACCUGAAGGAAGGUUACAACCUCAUCAGGAUCAAAGACGGCGACGAGUGGAAGACAGCCUUCAUGUUACGGGCAUGCCAAGCAUUUACGGGAGUGAGAGAAAGGCUAGUAGAUACCCCCAAUACCCUCUGA